CCUUGACCAGGAGCAGCAGCCUUGCACCGUCAGAAAUCCCACGGAAUGAAGGUCGAGUACAAGUGGAAUUCUCUAUCCUUCCAAGCAAGGGUCGGCAAUCGAAGAAACUGAGGCCAUUGGUGAGCUCUCCAAGCGGCAGAUACUUCCAACAAGCUCGAAGCUCAAGACAGCUCUCCACCACUCAUAGGGCACCCUUUGUCGUAUCAAUGACGAUCAGCCUGCAUGGCAUUUGCGAAAAGGGCAUUAGCACAGCAAACCAGAAUGCUGGAAUCUUCAACAACGGCAGCUUGCUGCACUUGCAGUGCAUCCCACACUCCAAUCCCUCCCCCAAUCGCCCACGAUCCAUCCCGCUGCGGAGAACAGCUACCGGCAUGGAGUGGACUGCCCAUCUGAGUAACUGAUCGUUGCUUGCAGCGUCGAUUUAUUAAUCCUUCGCAACCUAUGCUGCACCGGGUGCUGCAGGUCUGGCUGCGGCGCCCAGCACCGCGAAAUUGACAACCUUGUCGCAUCGUCCCUCCUCCCGUCUCUGUGUCAUCACUUUCUUUCCCUUCCGCAGCUUUCUUCGUUGUUGCGGCCAAAGAGCUGCGACUCUGGAGGUACGCCGCGAAAGCUCUUAUACCGCUGCUGCUUUGCGAUAACUUGGAUCCUGUUAUCGUAGUUAUCGCCUAUCUUCAGAUAUGCCUACCACAAUGUCCGCAUUCUUUCAGUGGCUCUACCGCGAGACGGGCCUACAAUCCAUCUGCACCUACGGCAACACUGACAUAUACCUAAUCCUGCUAACUCGGUUUCUCCGCAUGUUUGCCUAUGGUGGCGCUGCCCUCGUUUUGGCAAUCUUCUUGUACACUCAAGCGGGAGUUGAUUGGAAGAAGACAGGCACAUUUAUGACUCUGACGUUGCUGGGAGAUGCCGCGAUCAGUUACGGGCUGACAAUUGUGGCUGACAAGAUUGGCAGAAGACGUGUGUUGCUAAUAGGAUCUUUGCUAAUGAGCUUUGCCGGCACGGUGUUUGCCCUGAGCAAGAAUUAUUAUAUGCUUCUGUUCGCUGCCAUUGUGGGUGUGAUUUCGCCGGGAGCACAUGAAGUGGGACCGUUUCGUGCCGUUGAAGAAGCAAUCCUUGCUCAACUUUCCCCUAUCGAGGCUCGUACAGACAUCUACGCCUGGUUCGCCGUGUCGUCCACCCUUGCAAUGGCAUGUGGCCUAUUCGUCACCGGGUGGCUAACCUAUGCUCAACGGACAUACAUGGAGCGUGACUGGAAAGAGACGUACCCUCCUAUUUUUGGCCUCUAUGCACUUCUCGGUCUGGUCAAGUUCUCCAUCACGUUCCUUCUAAGCAAGAAUUGUGAAGCCAGCGCCGCUGGGCAAUAUUCUUGGGCUCCAACCACCACAACAAAUGCGAUAGAUGAAGGGGGAAGUCCCUCAUCGGAGCAGACAAGGCCUCUCCUGGACGGCUUGCCUCGUCGAUCAUCGAUGCCAAAGCACGCAAACGUGAGAACUACGGCCCGUACAACUCAACCUGCUCGGCCCGACUCCUUCUCUCGCCGCCUCCGCACCUCACUCAGUUCGCCCUGGAAGGUCUCCCGCUCCUCUCUGCCCAUCCUUUUACGCCUUUGUUUCUUGUUCGGCCUGAACGCAUUCGCCUCAGGCAUGCUUCCGGUAACCGUGAUGAGCUGGUACAUGUCCUGGCGCAGCCGAUGGUUCCUGACUCACCGGAUUGGCUAUGCUUUAAGCGUUGUUUGGCUAGCAGCAAGCCUCUCGAAUUUGUUCAGCGCCGCUGUAGCUCGACGGCUGGGACUCGUCAAAGCUAUGGUCUGCACGCACCUGCCCAGCGCUCUGUUUUUGGCACUGGUUCCACUCGGGCUAGUGGCCUCGGGUUGGCAACUAUUACUGAUCCUCCUUCUCGCUGACGCGGUACUGGGCUCCAUGGAUCAGGCUCCUCGCGAGGCGUUCGUUGCGGCCGCAUUUCUACCACGUGAAAGGACCCAGGUCAUGGGAACGCUAAACUUUGUGAGAACCCUGGCGGCAAGCUUGGGCCCGGUGGUGACGGGACUCGUGUGGAGUAAGCAGAGGUGGUGGAUCCCAUUUGAAAUUGCGGCUUUUCUAAAGAUCUGCUAUGAUGUGGGCCUGUUAAUCAUGUUGCUGAAGACUCCUCUGCCGGAGGAACACAGGAGGGCUGUGGGCGGGCCGGUCGAUGGCGAGGGUCAACAGAUGAGAAUGACUGCUGCCGACAUGGAUGUCAACGUCCUAUUGGAUGAAUUGGCCACCAACAGCGGUGGCUUGAUUCCCCCGAGUGAGUUUGAAGUGAGUGACGAUGAAGAAGAGGACGAUAGAACGUUGGUAACGGAGGUGCGGGAGGACACUUCCGGGCUACCAAAGUACGAUGAGUAGCAACAUGUGUCUUCGGUGGGAGACGUUAUCUCGUGGACGCCCCAGGGAAGUGUGGCCAGGGUUCGCACGCAUAGCUGGCAGGACAUAAUGAGCUCUCUAUUCUUUUCGUUGUUCAGAUUCAGGGUGAAUGUGCCAGCUUCAUGUUCAAUGGUCGUUAUAUUGGUGGAAGGAUUGGAGAAAACGACUUUCUUGGCCUACCGAGACGACGAAUACUUGGUACUUAUAUAUGACGGCGAGUUUGUAUAUCGGUUGGUUGGGUGGUCUUUGAGUAGGGUGGGUAUUCGAUACUCAUAUCAUUCUAGGCAAGACAAAAUCUAUCAGCG